CUCUUUGUCACUUCGACAGGGAAGUAGGCAGGACAAAUGUGCUGCACACAGCCUCGACUGUUUUCCUCCGUGACUGUGUGUGUAUGUGUGUGAAGCCCACACACUGCCUGUAGUCCGGUUUGGUUCACGGUCUUAACUGCCAGGUUAUCAUCUCGUUAACGGACUUCCGUAGGACAUCAAGGCAGCCUGACGAGCCAGACAAGUCAGCACAACGAGAAAAUGACCAACAUCCCGCUCUCUCGCUCUGAGGUGUUUGGGGAGCUGAGGAAGGAGCUGCAUGAAGAUGAAAAGUUCCUCCAGUCCGACGCUCACGUCUUCAUCAUCAUGGGAGCAUCGGGGGAUCUGGCUAAGAAGAAAAUCUACCCUACUCUAUGGUGGUUGUACAGAGACGGCCUUCUCCCUGAGCAGACGUAUUUUGUGGGCUUUGCUCGCUCUGACUUGACAGUCGAUGCCAUUCGGACUUCUUGCAUGCCAUACCUGAAGUUGACAGAGAAAGAUGCAGAGCGGUUGUCAACCUUCUUCAGCAGAAACACGUACAUCAGUGGGAAAUAUACCGAUGAAAGUUCCUUCUCCAAACUCGACAAGCACAUCCUGUCUCUGCCCGGAGGAGCCGAGGCAAACCGUCUCUUCUACCUGGCGCUGCCGCCCACCGUCUACCACGACGUUACCAAGAACAUCAAGCACUGCUGUAUGAGCAAAACAGGCUGGAACAGGGUGAUCGUAGAGAAGCCGUUUGGACACGACCUUCAGAGCUCUGAAGAGCUGUCCACUCACCUCUCCUCCCUCUUCACUGAAGAACAAAUCUACCGUAUAGAUCACUACCUGGGCAAGGAAAUGGUGCAGAACCUCAUGGUGCUCAGGUUUGGGAAUCGAAUCUUCGGGCCGAUCUGGAACAGGGACAGCGUGGCCUGCGUCGUUCUCAGCUUUAAAGAACCGUUUGGCACUCAGGGACGAGGAGGCUACUUUGAUGAUUUUGGCAUCAUCCGCGAUGUCAUGCAGAACCACUUGCUCCAGAUACUCUGCCUGGUUGCCAUGGAGAAACCAGCUUCCACCAGCUCUGAUGAUGUCAGGGAUGAAAAGGUGAAGGUGCUGAAGUGCAUCACUCCAGUGUCCAUAUCGGAUGUGGUGCUGGGUCAGUAUGUGGGCGAUCCGGAGGGUGAGGGAGACGCCAAGCUGGGUUAUCUUGAUGAUCCCACAGUUCCUAAAGGAUCAACUCAGGCCACCUUCACCUCCGCUGUGCUUUAUGUGCACAACGAACGCUGGGAUGGUGUUCCUUUCAUCCUUCGCUGUGGAAAAGCUCUGAAUGAGAGGAAAGCUGAGGUGCGGCUGCAGUUCACAGAUGUCCCGGGGGACAUUUUUGGAAAUCAGUGCCGCCGAAAUGAGCUAGUGGUACGCGUGCAGCCCAACGAGGCCGUCUACGCCAAGAUGAUGAGCAAGAAACCCGGCGUCUACUUUAGCCCUGAGGAAACUGAGCUGGACCUCACCUACAAGAGCAGAUACAAGGAUGUGAAGCUUCCAGACGCUUACGAACGUCUCAUCCUGGACGUCUUCUGUGGGAGUCAGAUGCACUUUGUACGCAGCGAUGAACUAAGGGAAGCAUGGAGGAUCUUCACACCUCUUCUUCAUUACAUAGACCGAGAGAAGCCCACACCUAUCCCUUACAAAUACGGAAGCCGGGGCCCAACAGAAGCAGACGACCUCGCAAAGAAAGUCGGAUUUCGCUACGAAGGCACUUACAAAUGGGUCAACCCUCACAGACUGUGAGAUGAGAGUAGAGGUAGGAUAGUAGAAGGGGGUGCAGCAGGGGUAAGUGAGCCGUGUCAUGUUCCAAUACUGGAGUGUCUUUUGAGGAAGGAGGCGUUUCCACUAUGUGGAUCCAUCGCAGUAGCAGAAACUAGCUAUUUUUUUUCUCAGGUAUGACAAUUAUUCCUCGGAGCCAGUUCAUCAGACCUCCAAAGGAGAUAUAUGAAUGUAUGCUGUCGUCAUGAGUUUAUACCAGAUGUGGUCGUAGUUUCUUUUUCGUCAUACAUUCACACCAAGUUUCCAUGUUUUAUUUGAGAGGUAGGACCAAAUCCGUUGGAGAGAGAGAGAGAGAACAGUAAAUGUCUGAUGAACUAGCUCCAUGUCCCUGUCUCUGUUAAUUGGGUCUUAAUUUGUCAGGAUGGUAAAUGGAAUAACUGAGUAACCAGAGCAGAACAACAAUAAAAACAUUCAGCUGAGUCGUGCUCACUCAGAUGUAAAACACUGUACCAAAGAAGAUAACUGAAACCCGCAGAGACGAGGAACAGGAACGAUUGUUCACCAGCUUUCACUCUUAAUUACAUUGUGAUUGUAAUACCAUUACGCUUUGACUGCAGUUAUUAAUAACACUUAGUGCAAUUUCUUUUUCACAACUUGCAUACUCUCUUUUUGCCUCCUCUUUAAGACAUCUAGACUCUGUGGUUUACAAAGGGCAACGUAGGCCGUUUCUGUUCAAAGUAUUCUUACUGGAAUAGUCUUAAGUGUCCUUGUGGACAAACGAAACAAGCUCUCUGUCUGAGCCUUUUCCCCUUUUUUGUUUACAUUUAUUAUUUUCAGGUUUAUUUAAGUUGCUAAUGUUCAUUCCUUAUUUCAAAACCAUUCAGACGGCAGCAGUGUCUACCACGGGUCAACAGUGAAUGUCUUUGUAAUGACGUACUGAAUACUGUUAACUGCUCUCACAUGUAAAGCUAGCUACAUUGUCACUACUUGUAAUAAACUACUUUUGCUUCUCUGUUAA